UCCUCCUCAUCACCGAAGAAGAUUCACCCUACAAUGACCUGGCUAUUAUUCACAAAUAUCUGUGGGGAAAUCAGGAUCAUUUGUCUGAGAUCAUCUCUCUCACCUCGAGCCAAGUACCCAGCCUUGGAGUCAAUGACGAAAUUCAAGUAUCUGGGACGGGGGACGUCGCGAUGGAGGAUGUUACGAUGGACACUCAGGCAGUGUUUUAUGACCUAAUGAAGAUUCCGGCGAUGCCACGGAUGACAUCCCAGGUGCUCACAGAGAGGUUCUAUGUGCGGGACGAAUACAAGAUACUCGACGAAUUCGUGGAGGAGCAGAGAGAAUUGGCUGUCGCUGAUCUCCGUUCCCGCAAACCAAUGUUGCUUGUUGGACAACCUGGAAUAGGCAAGACUGUCUAUUUGACGUACUGUCUCCUGAAUCGGCUAGCACAAGGAAAGCCCACCUUGUUUUCGAAGUCGCAUUUGUUGCGUUUCGCCUUUCUCCGCUCUGGUGUUUACGUGGUACCAGGCAAUUCCUUCGGUUUUUGGAACCAUCCCGAGGUCCGCGCAGCUGAUGGAGCAGAUUUGCAUGGCCUUGUUCUCUUCGACUUCACCCCGGGUGAGAAGGUCGAAAAUCUGCUGUGGCGAUGGAGAACCUUGGUAGCAUCGUCGCCCAGGCCGCAAGUGCUGUAUCCUUGGAUAAAGGAAUACCGUGUGAUUAAGUUCUACAUGAGAACAUGGAGUUGGCAGGAGGUGUAUGUGUGUCGCCAUUAUGCCAUGGAGCAGAGGCCCAACGAUGAUGCUUGGCGUACUGCAUUUAUGAAGUAUGGGGGCUCGGCAAGGUCUCUAUUCGAUCGUACGCAACGAGCGCUAGAUGUUGACCUCACCUCAGCCAUUAUGGAAUGCAACCCGAAGGACCUCUUCAACCAAGCGGUGAACCAUGAACCCCAGAAGUACGGCCAUCGUCUCGUGGAAAUAAAUCCUCUUCAGGACGCCCAUGGCGUUGUCCUGGACCGAUCGUGCCCACGUACACGGGUUAUUUCUUUCUUCAUCUUCACUGAGCUGAUGAUGAAGAAGGGAACGGAAUUGGUCAAUACUUCGGCCACUUACUUUUACACUUGUAUGAACCAUCCUUCCACGACUUCCACAGCCGGUCUCAUCUUUGAGGCUCUUGGACAUGUUUAUCUCGUCAACAGAGCUAAAGCCGCUUUUGCUGUACGAGCGCUCAACACCGGUCGCCAACAAGACUUGCAUCUAGAACACAUCGACCGUGAGAAUGUGCACGUAUUCCCCGGACUGGACCCACCAUUUGAUGAGCCUGGGCACCGAGGGGCCCGUUGUCCAGAUGCAACCAAGUACUACCGACCACUUGCCGGCAACGUCUCUGGCAUUGAUUCAUUCGCUUUUGAAAUGGAUAGGAGGAAUGCCAUCACCGGAAUUGUCAUGUUCCAGUAUACAGUUGCUUCGCAACACUCUGUCAAACCCAAGUUCAUCAACAAGCUUUGGGAUGUGCUGACGAAACAGCACAACCGGAAAUGGAAGUGGAAGCUCGUAUUCGUCAUCCCGAAGAGAAACCCUGGUUUUCAGCAAAGUAUGCCCACCAAGAACUUGAAACCACAGGUGGAUCAAUUUGUGCUGAGAGUUGAUUUGGAGGAUGUGUGGGUUGCCAUGUGCAAGUCUCUGGAGAAAGCUGGUCGCUCCCAUGAACCUUAGCCUUCCCACUCCUGGACUCUUUCCUAUGUCCUUCCCACUUUCUUGUACUGAAAUUGUGUAAUACUGUUCAUUCACUGUGUCAUCAUGCCGUUGCUUUUGCAAUCCAUGUUUGAUAAAACCCAGCAUGAGGAAUUAUCUUUUUUCCAG